CAGGCAGAGACGGAGAGGCAGAGCGGCAUCUUCCCUCAAGAUACCAGCGGAAACAUCUCUCCAACAGCUGCAAGAUCAUCUUCAUCAGAGCUGCACUAGAAUCAAGAGGUUCACCUUCAUCGGCAACAAAGCUCUCUAUCGGCUGAUCCAACAUGCUCCUUCCACUGUUCUACCUGAGCUUGCUCGUGGCCCUGACAGGUGCCCAAUCACCUCCCGACGCGGGGGGUUCAGGUGCUCCUAAGUAUUCUUCUCUGCCAGUUUCGCACGACAUCAGCUCCUGUCCCAUCACCUACUAUGGCCUGAAAUACACCUCUCUCACCGCGAGGCUCGACAGGCCCAAUGGGCGCAUAAUGUUAUGUUUCGACUUAGAGUGCAAUGAUUUCAUUGAAUUACCUGACAACACUGGAGGAGUUACUUUUCAAAUUACACAACGUGAUACUGAGCUUGAGGGAAAAUUAAAUGAAUCGAUAUCCGAUAUGGAUGAACAAAUGACGUGCUCUGUGCAAAUGACUGCUGCCAAGGGAGAAGGUUCGGUAACUGUGUUUCUUGUGCAAUACGAGACCCGAGCAGUUCUGGGAAUUCAGAACGAUUUGACCUCUGAUGGUCAAUAUAAAAUUAAUGCUUAUAUCUCCAACGCUCUGGAGAAAUAUACUACCAUUGGUAAAGGUGCCACCAACUUCAGAAUCCUCACUGGAUGCAGAAUGGAGAAUGGUGUUUAUCUCAUGGCUGGAGAGGAUGAGUACGAUCUAGAGUGUGGAUAUUACACUUGCAGUGUUGACAGCGUCUUAUCAGUUAAAGGUUGUCCUGCAAAUAAACAUUGUGAUAUUGAUCUCACGUAAGUAUUCUGACUGUGAACUAAAAUCAAAUGUUAUUGA